GCAAUGAUGUAAGGCAGCCCAACAUCCACCUGGGAGAAUAUUCACUGUACAUCAAAACAUUACAACACACUUCCGCGAUGAUCCGACUCGACAACACUCAAUACUUCCAUUUCCUGCAUCGAGCCAACGCUUUACGCCGCUCGGGUUCAUUGUGCGAUGCCCUCAUCUCAGUGAAGAACCAGACUUUUAAGGCUCAUCGGCUGGUGCUGGCCUGUGCUAGCAGGAGACUUGCAAAGAAACUCGCCCAGGCGGAAACAGACCAGGAGGUCCGCUGUACAUUGGAUGAUCUCUCAGCCAGAACCUUCCAGCAGGUCCUGGACUUCGCCUACACGCAGAGUCUGGAGGUAUCCGAGGACGACCUGUGGCACCUGCUCGAAGCCGCUCAGUUUUUGGAGAUGCAAACAUUGGAGGAGCAGUGCCGGCGCCACUUGGACGCACUCCUCCACAGGACGGGAGAAAUGGGCGAAAGACACGAAGGAAAUAGUGAGAGUGAUGAGGAAGCGGAGGUCAAGAAAAAGAGACACAAAGAGGAGAAACUGCAAGAGACUUCUGUGGUCAAAAACAUCACAGCGAGCAUAACUGCAGAAGAGGCAAGAGAAAAGUCCAGAUUGUCGACUUCCAGUAGAGAGAGCGUCAUCACCAGCUCAUCUUCCAACUUGUCCUCCUCUCCUUGGACCAUCCCAAACAACAUGUGGAACUCUGUAAGCACCUUGAGACGCAUAGCCGAGAACUCCUUCACCUUAAUGGGAGCUCACCCCCAGCCGGUCCCUGCAGCACACGCCACCGCCUUCCCAACAGCCCGCAUCUUCCCUCUGCUAGGAGCCCAUUUCCAGUCCCCUCCUCAGCACUCUGUAGUGGCAAGCUUGCAUCCGCACUACGCACAACAUCUUUACGUCGGCAACAUGGGGACGGCGGCUAACAUCGAGACAGGCCGCCUGCAGGGGAUGAGAAAAAAGGCCAGACAGAAGGCAGACAAGACCAGUGAGAUCAGUUGCCCUGACGUGCACAAAGGCGACACGGUCAAUGACGGCAAGUACUGCAGCUCAUGUCUGAGCCGUGAUCCAGCCUCUUCGCCACCAGGUGAGGCCUGUGGACGGUGUCGCCUCUUUGUGACAGACUGUGAAUCCAAAUCCAAUGGACAAGACUUGAGAGGCGAAAGACCCUACCAGUGCCAACAUUGUCCCAAGAAGUUUAGUCUCAAACAUCAACUGGACACGCAUCACCGAAUUCACACAGGUGAGAAACCCUUCGAGUGUCGUCUGUGUGGUCAGCGCUCCCGGGACUUCUCGGCCAUAAUCAAGCACCUGCGGACUCACGGCGGGGCGUCUCCUUACCGGUGCACCCUAUGCUUGGAGUUCUGCAGCAGUCUGGUGGCCAUGCAGAGUCACGUCAAGAGCCACCCGGUGCACGACUUCCCCCCUGGCUGGAGCAUCAGAAGAACCUACCUGUACACGUCACAUAUCACUCAACAUUGACAUCUCACACAAGGAAUGAUCCAUACAACGAUGCACUUACCUUCUUCUUGCAACACGUGCCAAUUGACCCAUGGGAAUUGACCCACGGUGGACCUUCGGUCUGUUUUAAAAAUCUAAUGUGAUCCUUGAACACAAAAGUUAUGCCACCUUUGGGUUAUCCAAAAUUUUUAACUUAAGACAAAAUGAUUGGCCCAUUUGAGAAAACUACGCUCAUAAGUAACUGUUGCAUAUCAAUAUUAAAAUCAAAGGUUGAAAUAAAAAUUCUUAUACAAAGGGGAAUUGGGCUACACUGAAAAAAAAAAACCUAGAACUUACUAGAAAAGGAAAGCUGUAUUCAACAGACAAUAUCAGAAGUCUAACAUAAAGUAAAACCCCAAUUCCAAUUAAGUUGGGACGUUGUGUUAAACCUAAAUAAAAACAGAAUACAAUGAUUUGCAAAUCAUGUUCAACCUAUAAUUAAUUGAAUACACUAGAAUACACUUAAGACAAGAUAUUUAAUGUUCAAAGUGAUAAACUUUAUUGUUUUUAGCAAAUAAUCAUUAACUUAGAAUUUUAUGGCUGCAACACGUUCCAAAAAAGCUGGGACAGGCAAACCACAUUCUGCACGUGUUACAACAGCGUGGAUUCGUAGUAAGAGAGUGCGGGUACGAGACUGGCCGGCCUGCGGUCCAGACCUGUCUCCCAUUGAAAAUGUGUGGCGCAUUAUGAAGCGUAAAAUACGACAACGGAGACCUCGGACAGUGUUUAACAGCUGAAGCUGUACAUCAAGCAAGAAUGGGAAAGAAUUCCACCUACAAAGCUUCAACAAUUAGUGUCCUCAAUUCCCAAACGUUUAUUGAAUGUUGUUAAGAGAAAAGGUGGUAAACAUGACCCUGUCCCAGCUUUUUUGGAACAUGUGGCAGCCAUAAAAUUCUAAGUUAAUGAUUAUUUGGUAAAAACAAUAACGUUUAUCAGUUCCAACAUUAAAUAUUUUGUCUUUGUAGUGUAUUCAAUUAAAUAUAGGUUGAACACAAUUUGCAAAUCAUUGUAUUCUGUUUUUAUUUAUGUUUAACACAACGUCCCAACUUCAUUGGAAUUGGGGUUGUACAAAUUUAUCGCUACAGGAGAUUCUCAUGCAACACGACCGCUCUGCGUAACAGGCUACGUGACGACAGGCUUGCGAAACAAGGCAAUAAAGCCCUCAAACCUGACCCAAAAGAAAGCACUGAAUACCUUGCUUCCAUUUCAAACAUGCUAUAAUUUUCAAUGACAGCAAAAAAAAUAAAGCUACAGCGUAUAAUUGACAGAUAUAGUAACACA